AUGUUAAUCAAAACGUUCGGACUUAUUUUAUUUUUCUCAUCGUCUCAAUCCGAAAAACUUUUUAGGCCAAACUUGCCAAUGGGUGAAUAUCACCUGGAGUUUGAUAAAGUAUAUCCGUGUGAAACAACAAAAGACCAUCCAAUUAAAUUGAAUUGGUAUUUUAGUAAAAAGACAUCAAGUAUAACGGAGUUAAAAGGCAAUACAACACUUUUGAUACCUUUCGAUGAUACGCUUACGCUUGAUGCUAACCUUGCAUCUUGGGGCUCAACUGGCGGAUGGGUGCCAAAUACAUAUAUUCUCAAUACAAAAAAGGCAUGCAGUACUCUGAAACAUCUCGUUGGAAAUGCAUGGCUUAUCUUUUUAGAGGGUUUCAACAUUCCAACUAAUAAAUGUCCAUGGCCAGUGGGCACAUAUAUUACGCCAGGGAUCGAUAAGAAGAAACUUGAAGAUAUGAACUUUCCCAAAAUAUAUUUUUAUGGGAAAUAUAAAAUUGUUGUUCGAUUUAAAAAUUUGAAAAAUGAACAAUUUGAGGAAUUGAAAAAUGACCUAAAGCAACUAUCUUUGCAAAUUGUUGAAUUAAAAGCUGAAAAUACCACCUUACGCAGUGGACUAAAUAUUCUUAAAUCUAAAGCUACGUCUUUGGAGGAUGCUGGUUCACCUAGCCAAAGCUCCCAUGUUAUCUCCCAGUUUUUAUAUGCAUUGACAAUUAGUUGCAUGAAGUUGCCGCCUCACCACAAUGCUUUGUUCACUGUGACUAAGGAUUUCUAA